GGGUUGGGCGUAUUAGUCAUCCAAGUUGGUUUGAGGUUGGGCGUGCUAGUCAACGAGUGGGAAUACAAUGGCGUCCGCAAAGAACACAUCCACAGGCGGUGGACCAUCUGCCCCCGGGGAGGGACGACCUGCACAGCAACCUACUCCUCAGUAUAUGCACGCAAAGGGAGCACCAUGGUUUUUGGACUUCGUUGUUCAGGGGGAUCUUUUUGGGCCAGCUGUUUUCAUGCGACCCACUUGCGUUACAGACGCCGGGGGAGCGGUCAACGUUGUUCCUCUCGGUACCGUUGUCUCGUGCGCGAAGACUCCUGGAGGUUUCCUCAAGCUCUACACUAACGGCAUGUACGACGAGUGCAGACUGCCUAUCAGAGGUGUUAAAGGUGUGCUGGUGACCAUGAAGAGUUUCGCGGGGUACGGCUCGAACAUGCCGUUAUGCUCUCACUUCAAAGGCCUUUACGAUUGCAGCAGCAAGCGUAUUCCAUCGCCAGAGCAAUAUCUCGAUCUCGCGCUGAUGGUGCCGAAAGAACGUCCGGUUCUUCUGCCAGAGCAUUUUUUUCGGCUUCUGCCACCCAGUGAGGAGUCGUCCUGCUUGGCUCAAGAAACUCCAGGUACGGCAGUGGGGCGUGGGAGUCUGAUUCAAGACGCUGGGGGUCGGAUCAAGGGACGCAGCGUUCACACGCAGGUCGGCCCGGAUGCUCCUAGGAACACGUCGGACUUGCAUUCUCAGGGUACAGGAACUCAAUGGGUCGGUACUCCGAAACUUAUCAAGGUCCGCUGCGGCGCCGACACGUAUUCGCUUCAAGAUGAGACGAUAAGAGAUUCAAGCAGAUCGGGGCUAGAUGUUGGCGGGAAUGAGGCUGAAGGGAUGGGCGUUGUCCGCGGAAGCUCUGGCGGGGAGCAGACUCCUUCGGAGAAGAAGAGCGAGAGACAGAGGAUGGUGCAAGAGGAGGUGACGGAAGGAACCCUCCGCAUGAAGAGGAUGAGAGGAAAACCGGAGGCGGUGACGGGCGGGGAUGGAGGUGGCGACGGAGAACGUGCCUCGGGAAAGAGGCCGACGAAGGAAGASGGUGGGACGRCAAGUAAKAAAGYGAGGAGGCCCGACGRUUUGACYAUCCGCGAAGGACAAGCCGCGGGUGGAGGAGAUUCGGUUGAUCCAGACGCUGCGGCCGCGAGAGAACCUUCGAAGAAAUCGAAACGGAAAGUGGCWGWUGAAGAAGGCGAUKGCCARAWGAAACSUCGAAGGUGGAAGACUGYUGAGGCRGCGAGCGGGGGCGAACGGCCUGUCGGUGAGGAGUGCGACGAAGCGGCAGCGUUCUGGCUCGAAUACGAGCGGAACGAUGGCGGUGAGAUCGUGGAGAAGGAGCUCCCCGUCCAACUGCUCAUCGACCCCAAGAAGGUCUGCGACAGCCCGUCUUGGGAAAUAUAUUACAACCACCGCGGUCUUUAUCGCGAAACUGUGGACGACAUCAAGGCUGCGAUGCUGCGUCAAUUCCACGACAAAAGGGGCAAGAUCUGGACGAAAAACCCUUUGGUUCUGACACCCAUCUACAAGCCGAUGGAGCGUAGGCCGGAGCAAGCUGAAAGGGUUCACAACGAUGUCUUCAAGCCGGAGGACAAGGACAAGUACUACUAUUACCCUGUUAACGGACAACACACCGUGGCUGCUGUGAAGGAGUUGGAGGGUGAGCCAAUAUUCGUAUUGUGGAAGAUGCACUCGUGGCCGGCGAGAGUGGUGUGGUUCUCCGACCGAGGUUUCGCGAGCUAUAGGCAGUGGAUGCCGCUCGUGACGGCCGGUAAUGACGUUUUUGGCAAAGCCAUGGAGUUCUACGCGAAAUGGGCGGAGGGAAAGGUGUUGGGCGGCGACGGCAAGACGCCAUUGUCGAGCCCGGGCAAAUACAUGCCAGACAAAUCUCUGGGUCUGCAAGCAAUUCCGGAAAUGGGCUCGAAAGGGGCGGCUGGUGAAACGAAGAUGGGGUGGCUUGUCCGGGUACCUCCGCCUCCUACCAAAAAGAAAACGCAAGCGGACGACAAGUUUUUCGUGGUCAUGAAGGAGCCAAACAUGUUCUGUUGGCAGUCUCCCGCCGACAUGACCGAUGUCAAGAAUCUGUCGAUCCUUGACGACAUUCUCGCGCUAAGGAGAGUGUUCGUGCAAUCCGCAGGCGGCCAUCUGAAGCGUCAGCAUAGACUUGGAAUUAAAGACAUGGUCGCGACGAGGAAAGUGGACCGUGUGAUGCUCCGUAUGUUCCACUACAUCUUGUUCCUUGAAACAGAGGAGAACGAACGUGUUAGGCGCCACGGGAGCCCAAUUUUUCCGACUGAGGGGAAGCUUCUGGAGGAGUUCGGGCCUCAGGGCCUCACGAAACAGGUGCAUGCGCCUGUCGUGUGGGAACUCCUGAGCACCGGUCGGAACGUCGUCGCGUUGGAGAAGGAGGCGAAGAUGAUCGAUUACCUUUACGAGUUCGUGAAGGCACGCGUUGCAGACACUCGCAAUGCUUGCGAGUUUGCCCACACCACCGGCGAACGAAACUGGGAUCCCAAACGUGACAUGUAUUGGAAAUUGUCGGGGAACAAAAGGACAGACGUUUGGGACUUCCUUUUCGGACCCGGACCGCCUGGUCCGACCGACCUCGAAUACAGUCGACGGAGAAACCUGGUGUUCGUUGUGCUCAAUGGGUACCACGGUGCACCCAGGGAGUCUGUCUCGCACUUCUUGAGAAGGAUGGAGCACGUUUACUUCACGCUGGCCGAACCGCUCACUCUCGAAAACUACAAGUCAAAGUUUGACGAGGAGGACCCUUUGGACGUUGGUGAUGAAGAGGAAGGUGGCCCUCGGAGAUAUAGCACGUCCCCUGCCGGUUUGAAGCAUGUGUUUCGGGGCGAAUCAGUCGACGAUCAAUCGUCUGAUGACGAGGAGGAAGAGAGAGACUAUGAUCACAAACGUUGUGACAGGCUCCCUGUGGACCAUGACACCUGGCAGAAUGACAGACUCUACUUCUUCGGCCAGCAUCACCGGUUCACGUCGGAGGAUGUCUGGGGACACAACGUCGUCUGGCACCCGAGGAUAUUCCAACCUGCUGUGAGGAAUGGAAUAUGGGUCAUAACAAUAAAGGAGGCCGAUGGCAAGUGGAGGGGACUGAAGAGACUGGGAGCAGGUGCAUUUAAGAGAAAGGCAAGAACUGCUCUGGUGGAGUAUUUUAGUCUCAUGAACCCCGAGAGGAACGAUCAGGACUGGUCUCGCGACGUGCUGGAGGGGCCCGCUCCAAGAGUGUUGGAGACUGGGGGUAGCGAGAACGAACGUCACACUCCUGGGGAAAACGAACGCUCUCCGGGAACGCGUGCUGUACAUCGGGAAGAGGAGACUCAAUGCUGGGAGUCUCGCAAAGUGUUGGAGACCGGGGGUAGCGAGUGUGAACGGCAUGCUUCGGAGGGUGCAUCCGUGGACACUGACAGCGAGAGUGCAGGAGCUCCGGGGGAAACGCAUGCUGUACAGCGGGGGGAGGAGACUCGACACAGGCCGACUCGUGAAGACGUAAAGUGGCUCCACGCACGAGCGCUGGUGAUCGGGACGUCCGAAGAGGUUCUGCACAGUCGCUCGGCUGUGGCCACGACGCGAGAGAGUGUCGUUAAGGGAGGUCGAGGGACGUCCGUGCAAGCUCCCGUUCUUGGAGACGAUGAAGACGAAGAAGAACCCGCGGUGGAAGUUCGGGUUCAUGGCGAAGGAGAACCCGUGGUGGAAGGCGGUGAGGUGACUGCCGACAUCCGGACGGAUCCACAACGGAAAGAUGGUGAUUCUUCGCCCACCCGUUGCGGUAAAGAACAGGGUGGUCGAGCGUCUGUCAUGAUCACCGCUUGGGGAAUGGUGCUUCAUGAAGCCAUAGAGUUGGGUGACAACUCGGCUGCCACCGAGCUGGUUAGCGCCUCAGGAGUGGCCGAGAUGCAGAAAGUCGAAUCCAACGUGGAAGACGGUGAGGUGGCCGUCAGCAUCAAGAUGGAUCCAGAGCGGAAAGAUCAUGAUUCUCUGUCCACCCGUUGUGGUGCCGAACACGGUGAUCGAGCAUUUGUCCUCUGUAUCGGUCGGGAAAUGGUGCUUCAUGAAGCCAUCGAGUUGCCAAGCGACUCAGCUGCCACCGAGAUGGUUAGCGACACAGCCGUGGUCGGGGUCCAGAACCUCGAAUCGUCCGUGGACGUUGGCGCAAUGGCGCGACAGGGGGGCGAGUUCCCUCAAAGGGCUCCUGAGCACGCUGGGGCUACAUCAUGUUUUCGCGUUCCGUUGCCUACUGAGGAGCUUAGCGCUACGGACUUUUGUGGAGAUUACAGCAACGGCCACGAGGUGGUGUGCUCGGUUCGCAAAGGGGUCAGUUCACUUCCGUUGAGCAGAACAAGUCUUCAAGCUCUUGUUCAGGGGGAAUGGAUUUCCGACGAGGUGGUGGAGUCAUACUUGGCCUUGUUUGCCAACGCUGCGUUGCCUGGGUGUCCCUCUCCUUACAUUUUCAGUCCAUUUUUCUAUACCAAGCUCGUCCAUGGUGGCUAUCGACAUGAUAGGGUUGCGAGAUGGACAAAAGAUGUAGAUAUUUUCUCGCACGAGAUGAUCUUGAUUCCUGUUUAUAAACAUGGAGUGCAUUGGACCCUAUUUUGUCUCCGAGAACAACGGCUGGAGUACUACGACUCCCUCGUACAAGACGAUGGCGGUUUUUCUUCCGAUGUGAUUGCGAACUUCACGCAACACCUCCGUGACGAAGCGGUUUGUCAUUAUGGUCCAAAAACGAAAGUGGAUCUUCAGAAGCCCAAGGUGGUUGUUCGUGGUGUCCCUCAACAAUCGGACGGGUCGAGCUGCGGUGUUUUCAUGAUCGUCUUCGCUUCAUUUCUUGCACGUGGCUGGCCGCCACCAUUUCCGAUAGCCCAAAGCGACAUUCCAAACAUCCGACUGAGGAUUGCGGUGGACAUACUCCAAGACUCUGAAUAAUACCCCUGUUGUUAAAAUACGCGUAGUUUUUUUUUCCAAAGGCCAUAAGCAGAAGUGCGAAUCUAUUCCCACUUCAUCU